AUGGCAGAAGCAACAAAGAGGUAUGCAGUUGUUACUGGAGCAAACAAAGGUAUAGGAUUGGAAACUGUAAGGCAGUUGGCCUCAAAUGGGUUCACCGUAGUCUUAACUGCCCGAGAUGAGAAGAGGGGUCUUGAAGCUGUUGAGAAACUCAAAGAGUCUGGCCUCUCAGACUUCAUCAAAACCCCAGUUUGGGAAACUCGAAUCUUGAUAGUGAAACAGUUGGACUCUGCACAGGUGAACAAUGCAGGGAUUGGGUGGAAGAUAGUAGAUGGUGAUGCUUUUAAAGCUUCUGUAGCCUCCGGUGCCACGGAAAUAGGAGGAGUUGAUUUUAGUAAACUAGUGACUGAAACUUAUGAGUUAACAGAAGAAUGCUUGCAAAUAAACUAUUAUGGUGCUAAAAGAACAGCUGAAGCACUUAUCCCACUCCUCCAGUUAUCCGAUUCACCGAGAAUGUUAAUGUUUCGUCUUCCAUGGGGAAGUUAA